AUGUGACUUUAUUCAUAGUUGUUUUCCCUUUGUUUCAGGUCGAGUCAAUUACAAGGUAUCAGUCCAAGGUGCUACCACAGCCACAGUGAAGGUCACUCUGAUGGACAAAGAUGGCCACUGUGUGGCCUCCUCCACCGAGCCAUUUGGAGUGCUCAAAGUAGUAGACGUCAAUCUGUGGUGGCCGUAUUUGAUGCAUGAGAGUCCAGGGUACCUUUACUCUAUGGAGGUUCGCCUCAUGGCAGCCAAUGAGAGAUCUACACAUGAGGAUGUGUAUACUCUACCAGUCGGCAUCCGCACCGUCAGUGUUACCAGCACACAGUUCCUCAUCAACAAGAAGCCCUUCUAUUUCCAUGGAGUCAAUAAACACGAAGACUCUGAUAUUCGGGGUAAAGGCUUUGACUGGCCCCUUAUUGUUAAAGACUUCAACCUAUUAAAGUGGAUGGGGGCCAACUCUUUCCGCACCAGCCACUACCCCUACGCUGAGGAGAUCCUGCAGAUGUGUGACCGCCAUGGCAUCGUGGUGAUAGACGAGUGCCCGGGGGUGGGCAUCAAAGACAUUCGCAGUUUUAGAAACGCCUCCCUAAACCAUCACCUGGACGUGAUGGACGAGCUUGUACGCCGGGACAAGAACCAUGCGUCCGUGGUCAUGUGGUCAGUAGCCAAUGAGCCGGCUUCAGAGAUGCCCCCUGCUGAAUUCUAUUUUAAGACUUUGAUACAACACACCAAAGCUCUGGAUCCAACCCGGCCCGUCACUUACGUCUCAAACAGUCACUAUGCCCGGGACAAAGGGGCUCCCUAUGUGGAUGUGAUCUGCAUAAACAGUUACUUCUCCUGGUACCACGACCCCGGCCACCUGGAGGUCAUCCCCCUUCAGCUCAACACUCAGUUUGAGAACUGGUAUGGAAAGUACCAGAAGCCCAUCAUCCAGAGUGAAUAUGGAGCCGAUGCAGUGCCAGGGCUUCACAGUGAUCCACCCAUGAUGUUUACUGAGGAGUACCAGAAGGUGGUCCUGCAGAGCUGCCACGACGUAUUCGACCAGAAGAGGAAGCAGUAUGUGAUCGGCGAACUCAUCUGGAACUUUGCAGACUUCAUGACGGUGCAAGGGAUCACCCGUGUGGUGGGCAACAAGAAGGGUGUUUUCACCAGGCAGAGGCAGCCCAAAGCGGCAGCAUUCAUCCUGAAGGAGAGGUACUGGAGGCUGGCAAAUGAAACAGGAAGACUGCCUCCCUGGACCAAGUACCCCUGCUCCCUCUGACACCUGCCACCGGACAUGCAACUGAUAUAUAUAAUACUAUUCUUACUGGAAAAAUUGCUGGAAUAAUUCUGUCUUUUCUCUUCUUUUUUUAAGUCAGUUAAUUCAUUCACAACAUUGCAGUGUGUACAGACGAUUAAAGAAACAUUUUUCAUAUAAACUCAACCACCAACACUAUAAUGACAUAUUUUUUCCUUCAAUUUGGAAUAUUUUCAUAACAUAAAAGCAAUUCUUUAUGCUGAUACAAACAAAAAGUAGUCAAAAGUGCUAUUCACAUUUUAUAAAAAUAAUUCAAAUUGUGAUGUUUUGAGGAUACACCUAACUGACAGUGUUAUACUUUUAGUGUUUGCAGGAUAUGUUGAUACACAUGAUGUAUGUAUCAUAAAAAGGUCAAAGUGGAA